AUGAGCUCAUCGUCGUCAACAUCUCGGGGAUCAUCGACAUCUUCCAGCAGUUCAAGGACCUCUACCCUCAGCACCUCGACCAGAUCCACCCUCUUCCCCUCGGCGACAGGCACCGUCAAGGUACCCAAGCCCAUCCUGGGUACCUUCAACUGGAACAUCACGUGGGUGCGGGCGGCGCCAGACGGGUUUGCGCGCCCUUUUGUCGGCAUCAACGGUCAGUGGCCCUGCGCGCCCCUCCUCGUCAACCUCGGCGACCAGGUCAAGAUCAACGUCGUCAACUCGCUCGGCAACGAGAGCACCGCCAUCCACUUCCAUGGCAUUUUCCAGGAAAAUACAACGUAUGCCGACGGGCCAGCCAUGGUCACGCAGUGUCCCAUACAGCCGGGUGCGUCCUUCGUCUACCAGUUCAAGGUCUUGCAGCCUGGGACAUAUUGGUACCAUGUCCACAUUGGCGGACAAUACAUUGACGGCUUCCGCGGCCCGCUCAUUGUCAACGACGUCAAAGCGCCGUACGGCAUCCCGGACGCCGAGAUUGCCGUGACGCUGUCGGACCUAUACCACACCGAGGCGCCCUUCCUGGUACAUCAGUACCUGUCUUCGGACAACACGGACUCCACGGGCGGCGCAGAGCCCUUUCCCAACUCCGGCCUGAUCAACGAGGCGCAAAAUGUCGAGUUCAGUAUUGUGCCGGGCAAGACGUACCUGUUCCGCAUCAUCAACAUGGGCGCCGUGACAGCGCAGUACUUGGAGUUUGACCAGCAUGACAUGACCAUUGUCGAGGUGGACGGUGUCUACACGCAGCCCCUGACCGUCAGCCAACUGUUCGUGGGCGUCGCCCAGCGCUACAGCGUCCUCGUCAAGGCCAAGCCGACUGCGAGCCAGAACUUUGCGAUAGUGGCCUCGAUGAACUCGCAAAUGUUUGCCAUCUCGGCGACGCCACCUGUUACCUACUCGACUGCCGGCUGGCUCGUCUACGACCCGGCCAAGCCGCUCCCGCAGCCCUUCGACCUGCCGUCCAGAAUCAAGCCGUGGGACGACACGCAGCUGGUGCUAUAUGACGUGAUGCCCCUUUUGACGAACCCAAUCACUUGCGUGUUCCUCACGGCCGACUUCGGAACCAACAGCUGGGGAUCAACCAGAGCCUUUUUCAACGGCGUCACCUAUCUCGCGCAAAAGAUCCCCACGCUGUACACGGCGCUGACGGCACCGGCCGACGUGGUCAAGAACCCGGCCAUCUACGGCCAAAACUCCAACACGUUCGUGUUCCCCUUCGAUGCCGUCGUCGAGAUCAACAUCAACAACCACGACGACCGGGCGCACCCGUUCCACCUGCACGGGCACAACUUCCAGGUGGUCAGCCGGGCCGACGGCGGCACAAACUUCCCGGGGCUGUACAGCGAGCCGGCGGUCCCGAUGCGGCGCGACACGGUGAUCGUGUACGCGGGCACGUCGGCGACGCUGCGGUUCGUGGCGAGCAACCCGGGCAUCAACCUGUUCCACUGCCACACCGAGUGGCAUGUCGAGGCCGGGCUGACGGCGACCUUUGUUGAGGCCCCCGACGUGCUGCAGGCCCGCGCCCCCUACAUCCCUGUCAGCCACCGCAACGUGUGCGACGCCCAGGGCAUCAAGCGCAAGGGCAACGCCGCCGGGAACGCCAAGAACUGGCUCGACUUGACCGGCGCCCCGACCGAGUCCGACCCCGGCUACUGGGGCGCCCUCGUGCACCCGCCCGCUUGA